AUGGCGACUCUACAGCCCUUCCGGCGGACCCUUGCUGGGUCUUCCUUUCGCACUACUCUUGUUCUACGAAGAAAUGGCGUCAGCGCCGUGACGCCGUCGCUCUUCGUGCAUGGAGUCAAGCGUCUGACCACAGGCACCAACACCCUCAACAGGAGCAAAAUACAGAGCGCAGACGAGAGACAGCCGAGACAGGGGCUCAAGCAGCAACAGCUACGAUAUAGCAGCCAGGGAGAUACACCAGCAUUUAAGCAAUGGGGGUUUGAGGAUAUCAAUGCCGCCCUCGAUGCUAAUGAAGCAUCCCCUUCUCUCACCCCACAAAAGAACCUGAUCCUCAUCGACGUCCGCGAACCCGCCGAGCUGCUCGCAACGGGGACCAUCCCCGGCGCGGUCUGCAUCCCGCUCGCCUCCCAACCGGACGCCAUCUUCCUGACCCCACAGGAAUUCGAGACUCGCUUUGGGUUCCCCAAGCCGGGCGAAGCCGAUGGAGACGCAGAUGCCGUUGCGAAAACCGCGCCGAUUGUUUUCUUCUGCAAGGCGGGCGUCAGGGCGCGUGCGGCAGCCCAGCUGGCCGUGCAGGCUGGCUACGACCCGGAAAGAGUCGGGGUGUAUUCGGGGAGUUGGCUGGACUGGGCGGAUAAGAAAGGGAGGGUGGAGAAAUGGGAGAAGGAUGAGUGA